ACUAAAAUAUUUACUAAAUCUUCGAUAUAUCGUCGUUUAAAGCUUACUUUUAAAAUUAAGGAACGAGGAUUCAAAAUAAUAAUACCUUAUUCAUUUUAUCACUUAUCGGGGCAAAGAUAUAAAAUAUUAGAAAGUAAAUUAAGGUAUUAUAAAUAUAUACAUCAUAAUCGUUCUUAUAACACAACUACUAGUACUAUAUACGAUUAUAAGUUUUUUUUUUUUUUAUAA